AUGUAUUCACCCAGUGUCUCCGUUGUGAUCCCCCCUCCUACAGUCAACCUGGAUUCCUACGACUUCCUCGAGCGUACAUGUGACGAGAUUCUCUCGCGCGAAGCUAGCUUUGAUAGCAGCUUUGAUGAUUACUCCGAGAACAGAAUGAUGGAUGGCAGUUACGAAAUAGUCACUGGGACUGUUGAUAGGAAUCGUCUCAGGAACGACUCAGGGCAUGCGAGAUCCCCCUACUUUGCGCCGCAGAAUCCUUCGAAGAAACGAACGGUGUCGACGAGACAUAUCAUGAGGAUUGACAGUGAGAGCGACGAUGAAGAAACUGAGGAGGAAGAAGACGAAGAAGAAGAUAAAGAAGGAGGAAGGGAAGCAAAUGUCUUGGAUGCCCUGAAUUCUGCCCCGAGCGGGCGCGCCAUCUUCAAAUCCACAGAGGAAGAGAUCGAGGCGUCGGAAAAUAACCGCUUCUUGGCUGAAAUGGAAGCAAAUGCCUUUGCUCAGGUCGAUGAAGAGGUUCAAGAACGGCUGAUUCGUUCCAUUUCCGAACACCCCUUCUUCAGAAGUGAUGCGUAUCCCGUCAAACGUUCAGAGCGACGCGAAUUUGUCAAUCACAUGCGCCAAGCCGCAGCAGGCGCCGGGCUCGAUGAAGACACUACAAAGAACAUCAUCGCUUAUGUCAAAAAGCUGUACCUUACUUCCAGUGGAUGGGGUCAUGUAUGUGAGAGUGGCUCAGAAUAUGGCGACGAGAUUGAUGAUGAGCCAACAAAGACCAAGAAAUCAGCAAAGAAAAGAAAGAAAGAUCGCCAAAGGAAGCGAAGUAACUCAGACAAAUCGACAGAUCGGCGUUCAAAGAAGACAACGAACUCUGCGAAUGCAACUGACUGCCAAGGAGUGAAAUCCAAAGAUACGAAGGUUGGAGUCCACCCCGAGAAAACAGCAAAGCCUGUUUUGCAUCCGGCUUCUUCAGAAGACCAGCUCCCUGAAACUGCAUCUGAUCCCCCCAGUAAGGCCAGGGAUAUGAUUCAUCUGGACUCGAGCGACUCUGACGAACCGGCAUUAUCUACGCCUACAAAGCGACGCAACAACCCAGUUAAUGGGGAUGGAAGCAAACGCUCUCGCCGGCCCCUGUUGACAAAGCAGAGAAACCCGAUCAUUCCCUCCGAUAGCGAAAAGCAUGCGCGGUUAUCUGAAGUUCGCGCCACGCAAAGGCUUACGAAUGAAGAGUCCCCUUCUCAAAAUCUAUAUUCAUCUCGUCUAGACUCGGCUGUUUCGAAGGCGUCGUCCAAGACAAGACGCCGGAGGAAGAGAAGGUCACAAAAGACUCUCAAAGCUCCCAACUCAGAUAUAUUGCAAGAGCCGAGAACGGAAGCUCAGAAGACCAGUCAAUCCACCAGCACAGUGGCGCCCAAAAAGUCCAAGCCUGUUGCUGCGGCGCAACUCAAUAUCGAUGAUUUUGAUUACUAUGACUUGGAUUUUUAG